UCCCGCGCACCUACAUGGCGACGGCGACAACGCCAGGCACAUACAUACACCCAUAGAGUCCUUGUCGCUCGGUGCACCAAUUACGGUGUAGGCGCAAAGCAAGCCUGCCUCGUCCGACACGUCUUUGCGUCCAGGGAAGCAAAAAGCUUUGCUCAGUCAUCACCCAAGGCGACCAAGUCUCUUGCCUCUGUCUGUCGCCUUUCACUCCGAACUACAAGGAGCUGCCCUGGAGGUGUCGAGUGUAUGCGUGUCGCAUGGACUAUGAGGUAGAUAGGCUCCUGGUUCUGCAUGUGUGAUAUUGGACAUUGAGCGUUAGCGUCCCUCUCUUUGAGAUUCUCGCGAUCCUCCACCCUCUUCUUCAGCACCUUCCACCAACCCCACGACCCUCCACAACAUGUCGGACAGCGAGUCGGACCAAAAUACGGCUCGACUGGAGCCCGAGCUGCGCGAGAUGAAGUUGGAAGCUGCGACCUCGGACGGUGCAGGUGAGAGCAAGGACACCAGUCAGGUAAAGGUCGAGGUAGAUGAUCGCGCGCCCACGCCUCUGGCCAUCCCUCCCCGGCUCAAGACGCGAUCCAGGACCCAGUCGCCCAUGACAAAACACGAAGUCGAUACUCCGUCGCCCGGAAGCGCCCGUGAAGAGAUCGUAGGUGGUGAUAUCACGCUGAAGAUGGAGCCCGGCAAGGCACCCAAGCUCUCGCGCACCGCGUCCCAAAAAGUCGUCUCACGACCGCCUCCGCUAUUCCUCGACCUCCCCGACUCUACUGCCGCCGCCAAAGAGACUUUCGUAGUCCUCCCAGAAUGCACGUACGCGAACAAGACCAUCGGCACCACCGACCCUGCGCUCGAAUGCGACUGUCAAGAAGAAUACGAUGCCACGACCAAGACAAAUCAUGCCUGUGGCGAAGACUCCGACUGCAUCAACCGCGCGACAAAGAUGGAGUGCCUAGGUGACUGCGGCUGCGGUCGGAAAUGCCAGAACAUGCGCUUUCAGCGGAAACAGUAUGCCGAUGUCACGGUUAUAAAGACGGAGAAGAAGGGUUUCGGUCUUCGCGCCAACAAGGACAUGGCUCCAGGCGACUUCGUCUUCGAAUACAUUGGCGAAGUCAUCGACGAGCGCACCUUCCGCCGCCGCAUGGGUCAAUACGACGACGAGGGAAUCAAGCACUUCUACUUCAUGUCCCUUACCAAGGGCGAGUUUGUAGAUGCCACAAAAAAGGGCAACCUGGGUCGUUUCUGCAAUCACUCGUGCAAUCCCAACUGUUUCGUCGACAAGUGGGUUGUUGGGGACAAACUGCGCAUGGGCAUAUUCGUCGAGCGUAGCGUCAAAGCAGGCGAGGAGCUUGUUUUCAACUACAACGUCGAUCGAUACGGCGCAGAUCCACAACCUUGCUACUGUGGUGAGCCCAACUGUAGCGGCUUUAUCGGCGGAAAGACACAGUCCGACAAUGCGACAAACCUUAGCAAUGAAACGAUCGCGGCUCUCGGAAUCGACGAUAUUGAUGGUUGGGGUACGGCAGUCGCCAAGAAGCCCCGCAAGAAGAAGGCAAGCGAAGACGAUGAAGAAUACGUUAGCAAUUUGCAGACCCGCGAGCUGGAAGAGGAUGCAGUAAACAAGGUCGUGUCAGCUUUGCGCAACUGCGAAGAAAAGUGGAUUGCUGUCAAGCUUCUCAGCCGUAUGCAGACCGACAACGAAAAGGUUCGCGCACGUAUCGUCCAAUUCCACGGCUAUAGAAACCUCAAAACCACUUUGUCUAGGUGGAAGGAUGACUACAAUGUUGUUCUCCAAGUGCUGGACGUACUGCACAGAUUGCCACGCAUUACUCGAAACAAGAUUCAAGAUUCUGGUAUUGAAGAGGAGGUAAGCAAGCUGACAGACUGCGGAGACGAACGAGUCGAGGAGGCCGCCAAAGAGCUAUUGGCUGCAUGGAGUAAGCUGGAAAUCGGCUACAGGAUACCACGGCUGAAGAGAGAUCCAAACGCAAGCACACCAGCUCGGACCGAGAAUCAUUAUGAACGACGCGAGAGAGCUCGUGAACGGUCCCGGUCUAGGUCAAAAUCGCCUUCCACGAUUGCGCCCAAAGGCCCAUCUGCAGCAAACAUCCCGUCCGGUCCUCGUGUAUUAAAUGCACCUCGCGGCCCAGCUGGCUUCUUCGCCACUCCACGACCAAUUAUGCGACCAAGGCCAUUCAACGCUCUUCCACAAGGCUGGUACCAGGCCACAGCCGAGAACGGUUCGACGUAUUUCUACAACCAGACUGGUAUCACACAGUGGCAAAGACCAACCCAGCCUGCAGAUGCCCCACCGCCUCCUCCGAAUAAGGCUAGGAAUGAGACGCAGCUGUUACAAGACAUCAUAGCGAGCAUAACAUCGAACAACACACCUACCGGGCCCUCCGCAUCUACUACUCCGCAGCCAGUCUCCAAUGAGGACACAGAACCGGCUUUCGGUCGUGAAAAGUGGCGUACUUUAUCAUUAGAAAAGCAGGAAAAGGUGUAUGAAGCGACACUUGCACCGCACGUCACGGCAGUAACGAAACAGUAUUACAAGAAAUUCGAAAAGCAGGAAAUCAAAAGACUGAGUAAAGAGGUGGCACAGAAGCUUGUGAGAGGCGACUACAAGUCCGGUCGUGUCAAGGACCCGACGGCUAGAAUAAGUUCCAACCACGAGAAGACGGUCAGAGAUGAGGUCAAGCGGUUCAUGGACAAGGCUGUCAAGAAGAAGCAAGAGCGACAGAAGAUGAAGGCCGCACAGAGUGGUGUGAAGUUAGACCUCACCAGCGAGUCUCCUAGCACCCCUUCAGGGCCAGCCGGUGAUGCUGAUGAGGCCUCUCCAUCCGACUCAACAUCCGACCUGAAGCGGAAGAGAGACGGAGAGGCACAAUCUGGCUCACCAAAGCGAACCCGAACGACUUCUGAAAACCAGCAAUCAGCGCCUCCACCUCCGCCUCCACCCCCAGCAACCACCGACGUCGAAGAAACUAGCCUCACGCCCAUGGACGAUACGUCCGCCAUGUCGUUUCCCGACUCCACAGAGAGAGUAAGCACGGGCAGCAAAAUGGCAUUUCAACUAGACGGUUACGGAAGCCCUAUGCAGCUUGCAACGCCCCCUACAAACGGCUCCAACGGCUCCGGUGAUCAACAGCAAACGCACCAUUCAGUCAACGGUGAACGUACCCACUCAUAGUAUGCCGAGAGUUAGUUGCUAGUCAUUCAAUUUCUGUUACAAGGUUCUUCACUAUUUUAUUCUUUGUAAUUCUUCGAUUGAAGGCGAUACGUUCGACUGUAUAUAU